AUGUGGUAUACUAUUGAUGUUCGGUCCUCCGGGUACAGGCAAGACAUAUUUCAUUGCCACCUUUCUGUCGCCCGGACCUUUGUAAAUCGAAAGAUCGCCUGUCAAGCGCCAACCAUUGCAGCCACUACUGUCUUCUAUGACCGGUACCUCACCAUCCUCGACGGGGUUCAAUGCAAGCACCACUUCAAGUUCCUUGCAAUACACCAUUAUCCCCCGCACGUCGAGACUGCCAUUGUGCUUGGGUUUAUGCGCUCACAGCAUGGCAAGGACGAGUGGGAAGCAGACCCGCAUUACACCUCGUUCACGGAGACUAGCGACACAGAUGUCGCCAAGUGGUGUAGAGAGGGGAGUGCUGCUGCAGCCAUCCUCUUUGUCCUGGGCAAGAUCGACAACUUUCCCUGCGGUAGAGAGAUCCUGAUGCAGGUGCGCCGCUUACCUUUGGUCCAAGAGAUAAUCAACCUGAUCGAGGAGGGGCUGGCUGCCCAAGCCUCUGGGGAAGCCCCCCAGGGCGAUACCAACCCGAACGACUUCAUCGAUGACGGUGAUGAGGACGACAAAGAUAUGGACCAUGGCACUGAUAACCCAAACAAGCAGUUGCAGGACGAGUCUGUUCGAGCCACCCUGGCUGGCAAGAGUCUGGGCGGUCUCGUCAACGCACUCCUGGUGCAGAUCUACUGGAAAGGAUCUGCCAUCUUCUCCACCACCCACGUGGGCGCUAGUCCACUUGUCCGAAAAUUCACAAAGACUGCAAACGAGUUCUUCCUAGACGAGGCAGGUCCUGCUACAGUCGCUGAGACUCUCCAGCUAUGGCGUAUGGACCGUCGUAUUGUCCUUGCAGGGGGUUCCGAAGCAGCUAGUACCCGCGACGUUAUCUGCUGGUGCACGCUAUAA